UCCAGAGUUGGCUCCUGCUUUCGCUUGUUUGCUGCCUAACCCGGCCGGCUGUGGACCUGCAGACGUUAGGGAGGUUCAGUAAGAGAAGUGAUUAGGGAGAAGUUGAGUGGCUUCUGUGUUAUUCUGCCUAAGUUUUGCCAAUGCUUCUUUUUUCCAGUCCUAUGUCGACACUCUUGUGUAGACGAUACCGAAUACAUUGCUGUUUGACUAAACUGUGAUGAAAAACUAAACUCUGGAUUGGACAUUGCAGGCAGCAGUACCUGCGUGUGUGCGCUCUUAUCUCACUUUUAUAUGGGGUCCACGUCGAACCGGACAAAGGGCACUUGAUCACGUCUAGCGAAGCCGUCUCCCGAUGGAGCAGCACGGAGUGCGUUGUUUCUAGCAGAAUGUCUUCACUGGAAAAGCAGAAGGUGUGUGAGAAAUCCAAAUCAAAAGAGUUUAUUGAGAAAAUCAGUGUCCUGCAAUGGGUUCUUACAUUCCUUGCAAUGGGAAUAUUCUGCACUCUGUUUGUUGUGUACCUGAUGUUUACCUCAUUGUGGAUACUUUCAGUGAUAUACUUCACAUGGUUGAUAAUGGACUGGGACACGCCUGAAAAAGGAGGGCGACGCUUUAGUUGGGUUAGGAGGUGGAGUGUAUGGAGGCACUUUAGAGAUUAUUACCCUAUAAAGCUGAUAAAAACAGCAGAGCUGAGCCCUCACAAGAAUUAUGUUCUAGGCUAUCAUCCACAUGGAAUCAUGUGUGCUGGGGCCUUCUCCAACUUCAGCACAGAGGCCACUAACUUUUCAGUCACCUUUCCUGGCAUUCGGCCUUAUCUGGCAACGCUAGCUGGAAUGUUUAAACUGCCUUUAUACCGAGAGUAUUUGAUGAGUGCUGGUAUGUGUCCUGUUAGCAAGCCUAGUCUAGAAUACAUUCUUUCACAGAAUGGAACUGGUAAUGCUGUUGUGAUUGUGACUGGAGGGGCUGCAGAAUCUCUUAACUGCACUAGUGGGCUGAACCAGUUGGUCUUAAAAAAUCGGAAGGGCUUUGUCAAACUGGCUGUGGAAUAUGGUGCCGACCUUGUUCCUGUUUACUCUUUCGGUGAGAAUGAGAUUUUUCAACAGGUGAUUUUUGAACCAGGUAGCUGGGGAAGAAGCUUGCAGACAGCUUUUUAUAAAUACAUUGGGUUUGCCCCCUGCAUCUUUAAAGGCAAGGGUGUCCUCCUCAGUCAAUGGGGCCUACUGCCAUUCCCCAGACAGAUCAUCACUGUUGUGGGAAAACCUAUCUCUGUGCAAGAGGUAAAGAACGCCCCCAAGGAAGUGGUAGACCACUACCACAAACUGUACAUGGAUGCAGUGCUGGAACUGUUUAAUGACUAUAAGCAGGAAUGUGGCCUGACAGAACAGCAUGAGUUGAAAAUUAUCUAACUGUGAAGAAAAAAUAGUCUGUAUCCUCCCAACAUGUCUUUCCCACCAUCUCUUUAAUAAGGUGUCUGCAUUAGUCCUCAUUUAGUUUGAUUAAUUUUUAAAAGGAUUUUCACUUUUUAGUUCCUCUGAUUGUCUUGGUUUCUAAUCUUUGUGUAUAAUUUUGAAAAGGAGGUGUACAGGGAAAAGGAAUAUGGGUGAAAUAGUCACAAGAAGUCAUCCUUGCUAUAGAAGAAUAGAUACAGUACCCCUUUAUAAUACUGCUUUAAUAUUAUACUGUUAUGUUUGUCUUUUUGGAUUGUUGUCCUCUUCUUUGCAAAAAUCCAUCCCAUUGAUCCUGUAAUGAGAUUUACUGGCUAAGAAAAUGGGACAUAACAACUCUGACUCACUAUGUCACAUUGACUAUGUUGCUUAACCUGGUUAUACUUAAUUUUUUUUUUUAAUAAAAAGUAAUACUUUUUAGUA